CGUAAUCAAGGUAUAUGGCAUCUCUCUCAUACGCACAUAAACUUUGCCCACGUGCAGUGCUCCAUCAGUUCUUGCUGGCUCUCUCUCAUUUCCAGUUAAGACUUGCAAAAAAGGUUUCUAAAAUGUCGCAUUCAAUUCAAUAGCCUGAAUUUGCAAUUUCUCCACACUACACGCAGCUUCAGAAACUCCAUUCUCUCUCCCGCGCUGAGUUGAGUAUGGAUUCGAAAACCCUUAUCGAUUACGCACUGUUUCAACUCACCCCGACAAGAACAAGGUGCGAUCUUGUUGUGUUUUCGGGGAAGAAGAGUGAGAAAGUGGCAUCGGGGCUUGUUGACCCAUUCAUAGCCCACUUGAGAUUUGCAAGAGAUCAGAUUCCAAAAGGUGGCUAUUCGAUUACCCUUCGGCCGCCGGCCAAAGCUGAUGAUAUAUCAUGGUUCACUAAGGCCACAUUUCAGAGAUUCGUACGCUUCGUGAGCACCCCUGAAAUUCUCGAGAGGAUUGUACGAAUAGAAAGAGAAAUUUUGCAAAUUGACAGUUCAAUUCAAUCUAGUGACGUUCCAAGGUUGGAGGGGACAAGACAUUCCAGGGAAGAAAGCUUAUUGGCUACCAAUGGGAAUAUAAGAAAUGGAAAUGGUUCCACAAAGUCAAUCUCUGAAGAUGAAGAUCAUGGGGCCGCAUCUAGAGAAAAUUCAAGAGUUCGUCUUCAGCGUGUCAUGGAUACUAGGAAAGCAUUACUACAGAAAGAGCAAGCUAUGGCUUAUGCUCGUGCAGUCGUGGCAGGAUAUGAGAUCGACACCAUUGAUGAUCUCGUGUGCUUUGCUGAUGCAUUCGGUGCCUCACGUCUGAGAGACGCAUGCAUUGAUUUCAAGGAGCUUUACAAGAGAAAGCAUUCAGAUAACCAAUGGAUGAAUGAAUUAGCUGCAGUUCAAGCAUGCCCUGUGACUGACCUUUCCUAUGUGGGAGCAUCUGGAAUUAUGCUAACGGCUGAUAAAAAUAAUGGUGCGGCAACUGAACAAAAACUGAACACUCAACAGAUGCCGUGGAUGAACCAGAUUCCACCCUACAUGUACAACUUCCCGGGAUAUUACCCUUAUUACCCGGGCAAUGUGGGGUGGGCCCCACCAGGUGGCAUGGUGCCAUCCAAAACUCACAAGCCAUCUUGGAGAAAGGAGAAGUCUCUUGAUGCAAACGGCACAGAUGCUUCCGAAGAGGAUGAACAAACUGAAUCGGGCACGGGGACUGAUUCAGAUGAGGCAAACCAGCACAAUAAGAUACUUUCUUCAAAGGGGAAGAAAUAUUCUAGCAUGAACAAGAGAAGGGGUUCAAAUACAAAAACGGUCGUUAUUCGCAACAUAAACUACGUUACAUCCCAAAGGCGCAAUGGAGAGGAUAAUGAAGAUAGUGAAGAUUUUUCAGAAGGCGAUGAAGUUUCUAUUAGAGAAGGGGUUGACAAUGUAAUUGCGUCCCUUGAGAAGCACGCACACUCGAAAGCGCAUAAAAACAGAGGAAAACAGGAUAAUGAAUAUAGCAUCGAUUCAAAUACUUCCGAUGGAGGCAAAACGAAUAAUGCUUGGGAUGCUUUCCAGAAUCUUCUCUUAACUCAUGAAGAAUCUAAUUCCAGUAAAUUACCUAAGCAUAACCCUGGGGAAGAACAUUAUGGCAUGAAAAGCUCUAACGGAGGGCUUUUAAAAAAGACUAGCAACGGUGUUGAUGAUUCUGUUCUUGUGGUUCAGAGAGAGGUGUUGAACGGCGGUCAAGGACGCUCGGUAGAUUUUGCUGACGGUGAAGAUAUUCACUUACGUACGAAGAGUAGUUUUGUUGAAGGAGAGAAUGCCUUGUUUUCAGAACAAUAUAGAGGAAGUAAUACACAGAUGAAUUCGCCAGAUUUUUCUGCUGAGCAAACCACUGUCAAGAAUAGGAAAGAGAAAGAUUGGUUUGUUGUUAAUAGUUCAUCUGAAUAUUCAGAAGCACAAGGCAAAAAUUUGAACUAUGAAAAUGGCAUUUUUCAUAAAGAAAAAACUAAGGGAACUCCCAUGAUCGACGAUUCGUUCAUUAUAGAGUCGAGAUCAGCAGCUGACGAGCACUAUACGUCUCAUUGGACGACCGAAAUAAAUAUUGAUGCCAAUAUCGAUGUGCCCAAGCCAGGAAAAGGUAGCCCAACUGUUUUAGGCUCCACCGAGCCUGAUGACCUCAGCAUGAUGCUUGUGAGAGAGUCACAGGAAUCUAGCGCCUCAUGGACACCGGAAAUGGACUAUCAAGUUGAAAUUUCUUUUAACGAAGCUGAUAAAAAGCCUUCUGAUGUCGAAUCAAAUGGCCACACUGGAAAAGAUCCUGUGGCGAAGGGUAAAAGUGUCAAUGGCAAGAAAAAUGCGGGACCCACAAUGAAAAAGAUUGGGAGGGGGGACUUGUCGAGAACUUUGUCGGGGACCCUUGCUAGGAGCAAGGUGGAUUCUGUUUCAAAGAGCAAGAAGAUGUCGCCAGCAAUGGCACAUAAAUACAAGCUGAUGAAGGAAGAAGAGGAGCGUAAGAGAAUGGAGGAAUUGCUCCUUCAACGUCAGAAGAGAAUUGCUGAAAGGACAGCUGCCAGCGUUUCGAAUUCCGCAGCAUGUAAGAAGUCCCCAAUCGGGAAUAAGUCAACCCCUCCAAAACCCGAGAAGAAAAGAUCUCCAUCCAUGGCUCAAAAAGUUAGGUCAAGCUAAACUCACUACAUAUAAUAACAGAGGUUGCAAUAAUGUUAUGUUGGUUGGGAAUCACAUGUGGAAAAAUAUUCUACUGCGUUAGAAAAGUGGUUCGUGUGUUAUCUUGGCUGUCCACUCUGGUUGGUAAUUUGCUGUGUUUGUAAAGUGUUGGUCAUUUUAUUAAUUUCAAAAAAGUUUGUAUAUUCAUCAUUUAUAUUAUAAAUAUUGUGUGUGAGUGUGUGUGUAACAGAAUAAUGGGAUUUGAUACGUGUGUGUCGAAUAAACGUGUAAUUGUUAGUUGAACUUAUAUAUAGAUUUCAGUUCAUUUGCUAUAGUAGGAUAAUGAAAUGAGUUGUAAAUUUCUUGGCUUGUAUCAUUGCAUUAUAUGAUUUUGUAUUCAAAUUUAUUGAAGUGCGUUUCUCUUGGAAUGAUUUAAGGCCAUGAUGAACGUUUCAAAAGUUUGUG